UGUUCCGGAAGGUUUUUGAUGCUACUCUAGCUUUAGCUAGCAUAACUACUUCCCUGUCUUAUCCGCUUGUUUGUAGGCAAAAUAUAUAAUUUUAAAGUGUACUUUGCUACCUCAACUGCUAUAACAUGGCAGGGAACUUUUGGCAGAGUUCUCAUUAUCUGCAGUGGGUCCUGGAUAAACAAGACCUCAUGAAAGAGCGCCAGAAGGACCUGAAAUUCCUCACAGAAGAGGAGUACUGGAAGUUACAGAUAUUUUUCGCUAAUGUGAUCCAGUCUUUGGGUGAACACCUGAAGCUGCGGCAGCAGGUCAUUGCUACUGCAACUGUGUACUUUAAACGCUUCUAUGCCAGGUAUUCUCUGAAGAGUAUAGACCCAGUACUCAUGGCUCCCACAUGUGUUUUCUUGGCAUCAAAAGUUGAGGAAUUUGGAGUUGUGUCCAACACUAGGCUGAUUUCUGCAGCAACAUCUGUGUUGAAAACAAGAUUUUCUUAUGCCUUUCCAAAGGAGUUCCCUUACAGAAUGAAUCAUAUAUUAGAAUGUGAAUUCUACCUUUUGGAGCUGAUGGACUGCUGCCUGAUUGUGUACCACCCCUACAGACCACUGCUUCAAUAUGUGCAGGAUAUGGGACAGGAGGACAUGCUGCUACCUCUAGCCUGGCGAAUAGUGAAUGACACAUACAGGACAGAUCUGUGUCUGCUUUACCCUCCCUUCAUGAUUGCCCUAGCCUGUCUACAUGUUGCCUGCGUGGUUCAGCAGAAAGAUGCGAGGCAGUGGUUUGCAGAGCUCUCUGUGGACAUGGACAAAAUCCUGGAGAUCAUCCGUGUUAUUCUCAAGCUCUAUGACCAGUGGAAAAAUUUUGAUGACAGGAAAGAGAUAGCUGGUGUCCUUAACAAGAUGCCAAAACCCAAACCACCUCCUAACAGUGAGAGUGAUCAGAGCUCCAAUGGGAACCAAAGCAACUCCUACAGCCAGUCUUAGUAUAGUGUCUGCAUGUCCAUGGGAAACCAUAAUCGGAACUGAAAGAAGGAUGGAAAAUUUGGCGUCACACAACUCAACUUUUCACAUGGGGAAAAAAAAAAGCUGAUCAAGAUGUCUGUUCAAUGAUGGACGCUGGAACAUAUUGAGAGCUAAAUGUUUUCACCUUUCCCUUCUCUGAUCAUUAUGGGUUCAUGGAAUGAACAAGCAACUACGGAAAAGCCGACAGUGAACAGCCGACCUGUGACAACACAGUGGCAUUGCUUUGAUGAAUCUCUCUACUUCAACUUGAAAUCAACUAAAACUGAGGAACAUCUGGGAGGAUGAGGAAGAGGGGGGAAAACGGAUGAGAAUACACACACAAAAAAAAAAAAAAACAUCAUUUUAAUGAUCCUGACACCCUUGAACAGCAUGGAGGAGCAGGCUGUUUCAUGCAAAGCUCUUUGGGAUUUGAGAUACUUGAUUACAAGUACUAUGUGCACCUGUGUCUGUGAGUGUGGCAUAUGUAAGCAUUUUGUCUGGUUGGCCUUUGAUUCCUCAGGGUUAGACUUACUGCUCUCUGUAAAAUGACGUGAAUGGCUGUGAUUGGAUGUUUUUGUGUCUGCUGUGGCAAGAUGGGAGACACCUGCCCUUUAAAGGCUCUGUGCUGCUUGACUGAAGCACUUUGGCAGGAAACGUCCCAAGAGGUCCCUCUUCAAGGUAGAAUUUAGCUCUUCAGAUAAAAGAGUUUACUGUUUGAAUCAUAACUCACUGCUUCCCUCACAUUCCCUCCUCUUGUAAAUAGCUUUAUUAAUAUUUGCUUUUAUUUGAUUUUUUUAUUAUUAUUUUUGAUUGAACUGAUGUAAAUCCAGUGUUGUUUUGGCUUUGUAUUUGAUAUUAAAAUGGAAGUGUCCAGUUUUUUUUUCCCCCUGCUGCAAAGCUUUUUCGUUUUUAAUUAUGUAGAAUUAUUGUGGCAUUUAUCCUGCUUUAAUUACAGAACAGUGUAUCAUUUAAAAGCAUUUUUAAGGUAAAAUAUUUUCUUUUAAUCCAGCAAGGAUAAUUUUUUUGAGUAAAUAUAAAUUAAAGUUGUUUCAGAUUUGUCUUCAGUUUCCUCUUGACUUUCAUUUUCCUUUUGCCAUCUAAUCAAUCACCAAACUGUAGCAGUAUGUUUGUGUAUGUAUCUGUAAUGUCUAUUUUUUAAUGUGUGGCUUUUUUUUUUAAAACAACAUGUUCGAAAGUCUUACAAAAUAUCCUUAAUAACACACUGUGUCAUUCAGGUGUAUUGUACAAUCUGUUUAAGCGAUUGUUAAAUUACUUGGUUGCAUCUAAUAAUUUUUUUUCUCCUUUUUUACUGUGGCAACCUUUUUUAACAACUAAAAGGGUACUAACAUUUUAUUUAAGGCAACACCUGUAUCCUUUCACAACUGAUUGAAAUAAACAGACAUAACUGUU